AUGACUGCUUACACUACUACUACUACUACUACUACUACUACUACCACCAGGCCACCACCACAUAUGUCAUUUGCCCAGACUUAUAUCCUUGCCAGCAAAGUGAGACUGAAGUUGACCAAGGAAGCAGCAUCACCAAAAUCGUCCUUGCGUAACUUGGUUGUCCAGGCAAAUAUGUUGGACAAUUUGAUGGAUUACAUUACUGAGGAAACUGAACGCAGAAACCAUUAUAAUCAACAAGAGCAAGAACAUGGUGUUGAUAGACACGUUCAAUUUGAUAUUCCUUCUGAAGUUGCACACAAGUCUGGCAAUGAUGCGGAUAGUGAAGUAGGUACUACUACCAGUUCCCUUUACAAGACUUCUGUCACUGAGUAUGAGCUUGAUUCAGAUUCAGAUUCAGAUUCAGAUUCAGACUCUGACUAUGAAGAGGAUGAGGAAGAAGAGGAGUUGUAUGAUGACUAUGAUGUACAAGAAGAAGAAGAAGAACAGCAGAAGGAUGGUAAUGUCAGUAACGAGAUCAACCAGUUGAAUGGUGCCAUUUAUGAACAUGCAGCCAUGACUCCCCACAUCACAACUCAAGAAGUCAAUGACUCUGACUCUGACUCUGACUCGGAUUCAGAACAAGAUGAAGAUAUUGAAAAUGACACAAUGGUUUAUUCGUCAUCAUCGUCGUCGUCUUCUUCCUCAGGAUCAUCAGAUUAUGACUCUGAUGACUACUACAUCUAUUCCGAUUCCGAGGAAGUUGAAGAGGAUGUGGCUGUUGAAGCCAAGAUCCCCAGAACUGCAUCCAUCAUGACCACCACAACCACAACCACAACCACAACCACAACCUCAAUUGCACACUCUGACACACCAGCUUUGCCAACCAGACCCAGUUAUAAGUCAUUACCAUUUAUGAAUUUAUCAUCUGCUACUCCCACAAUUUUUGAAGAAGAGGAAGAGGAGGAAGAGGAGGAGGUUGCUACGGAUGUGGAAGAUUCUGAUGAUGAAGGAACGAUUAUUUGCGAUUCAGCUCAACCGGAGGACAAACAGAUUGAUCCAGUCCAUCACGACAUGCCAGAAUUGUGCAAUACAACAUCGUUGACAGAUGAUGAGGAUGAAGAGUAUUUGUACACGCAUGCCGAGUUGCAUCAUGGUCGCCACCACCACCAAGAACACAGCCAAAAUCACAAGCACAAUUGCAAACCCAGUUACCACCUUCACGACGAUAAUUUACAUCAUAAGCUUCCUAGUGCAACAAAGAUUACUACCACCACUGCUUUACCUAAUGGUAAACCCACUUGUACUCCCAUAAGUUUAUUCAGGCAUGAGAAUUUAUCAUUGGAGCAAAUAUACUAA